AUGGAGGGGACAAUGCUGACACCGGGGGAGGAGAAGCCGCGAAAGCGGGUGAGGUUUCGGGUGGCGUCGGGGAACAGCGGCCGGGUCCUCAAGGAGAUGUUCAAGGAUGAGGGGCCCUCUGACUCGCUGGACUCCGACUGCACCAGCAGCACAGAUCCGGAUCGGGCCAGCACCCCUUCGACCAGCGGCGAGGCCAAUGGGCACCUGUUUGGGUACCUGGGCUCAGAGCUGGAUGACAGCGAGAGUGAGCCGGACGACCUGCUCAUGAUCGCUGGGGGAGCCAAGGACCGCGCGUUCAACACCAAACGGGUCAACAUCCUCAGUAAAAAUGGGACCGUACGGGGUGUCAAGCACAAAGUCAGUGCUGGUCAAUUGCUCUUUAAUAACCUCACCAAAGUUAGCGGGCCGGACAUGGCGGUGGAAUUCGGGCGGAUUGUCAUCUACACCACGAGCUUCCGUGUGGUCAGGACAACCUUUGAGCGCUGUGAGCUUGUGCGGAAAAUAUUCCAGAACCACAGGGUCAAAUUUAUGGACAAAAACAUUGCUCUGGAUAGCGACUAUGGGAAGGAGCUGGAGGAGAGGUGUAAAAGGGUUGGAGAGCCGCCAUCACUUCCUGUGGUCUUCAUUGAUGGUCACUACCUAGGGGGGGCUGAAAAGAUAUUGUCCAUGAAUGAAUCAGGGGAACUUCAGGAUCUUCUUACAAAAAUUGAGCGGGUGCAGCACCCACACACGUGCCAGGCUUGUGGGGGAUUUGCCUUCGUCCCAUGCCCGAUGUGCCAUGGCAGCAAAAUGUCCGUCUUCCGCAACUGCUUCACGGACAACUUCAAGGCCCUUAAGUGCACAGCUUGCAAUGAGAACGGUCUGCAGCCCUGUCCGAUCUGCUCGCUCUGACAACUUCCUCCAGUACACUCUUCCCGUUGACCUGAACUUAACACAGACUUGGACAGACCAACAUGGAAGGAAGGAGCCAGGCACAGCGUCGACUUCCCAGAGGACAAAUUAUUUGGCAUUUUUUAAUAGACAAGCCACACAUCUUUGUCUAGGUCUAUGCUUAUCCCUGUUUAUAAUACCUUUGAAGGCACUAACAUGAAAUUUUGAGGCCAAUUCUCUUUGUUUUUUGCAUUACGAUUGGUAGUUUUGGUGCCAAUAUUAUCAGUAUAGGGUCCAUACUGAAGCUUUACGUUAUGAGUGAAAGGUAUCCGAUAGCAUGAAAGUUGUUUUAUAAGCAUUUUUCCCACAACUAAGUACGAUGUAAGCAUUCAUAACUUCACCUUCACGAAAUGCCUUAACGAUACGUCCUCUUCACAGCCUCUCACCACAGCCAUGUACUGUAUAUAUUUGCUGUAUAAGAACGAUGCUGUGGUGUGAUCUUUCAAAUAUUUUCAUAGCAGACUUUCAUAGCAGCACUCUAGACUCAGUAGGGAACUUUGUUGGUUUGGUGAAAAUGUCUCUGUAUUUUGGACCAAUAUGACCAAAUAUCAGGUUUUUGAAACGGUUGCCUUUUCACUGUGACCUGAGGGCACAGCGAUCCAGCCGCCACCACACUGGACGCUGACAAUGUUUCAUAAUUAAUCAGCCACCCACGGAUUUUACUCUUGCUGCGGGUUUACAUUGAAUUAUUCAGGCCAGAGGAAGGACUAGGGUAUAGGGAUCACUACUC